UGGGGCUCUAAGCACCGACCGUGGUCGUGAAAUCGCAUUUUGCACAUGUGGAUUUAGAUUUUGCCUAAUCUAAAUAAAAUACUUUUCAAUAUCAUAGUUCGGAAGACUCGGUCUAGUCAAGAAGAGUGGUCACGAUGUCAACUUUUAAGAAUGCGGCUAAAUCACGUCAGAAGACACAUAGAGAGCGCUCUCAGCCGUCAAGCAGAGCUCACCUUGGUAUUUUGGAGAAGAAGAAAGACUACAAAACAAGGGCACUCGAUUUCCAAAAAAAGCAAAGCACCCUCAAAGCUUUGAAAAGGAAAGCACUUGACAGAAAUCCAGAUGAAUUCUACUUCAAAAUGGUCAAGACUAAGUUAAAGGAUGGUGUCCAUCACUGUGAAGAUGACAAUCCAAUAUACACUGAUGACCAGUUGAAACUAAUGGCAGGUCAGGACAUCAAGUAUAUCAAGUACAAAGCCACAACAGAAAUGCGGAAAAUUUCGAAGCUAAAGAGUACUCUACACAUGCUUGAUGGUGACAGGAAACCAAAAAAUAAACACACCUUUUUCGUAAAUUCCAAAAAAGAAGUGUCCACAUUUGACCCUGCUAAGCAUCUUGGAACCCACCCUACAUCACUUGACAGAAUAUACAACAGACCCACAAAGGAUACAUUAAAGAAACAAGAGUUUGAUGCUGAAAUAUUACAGAAAAGUGCUUGGAAGAGAAGGCAAAAGUAUAAGGAGUUGUCGACUCGUGUUGAACGAGAAAAAGUGUUGAAAAUUACUUCCCGGAAAAUGGAGAUGCAAACACAUCUGAUGGAUAAAUUAUCCAAAAGGACUCUAGUCAAGGAUGAAAGUAAAGAAUCUGCUGCUGUAUAUCAAUGGGAGCAACGCAGGAAAAAGUGAUGCCAUUCUUGAGAGGACUUUAUGAUCUUAUGACAUUCAUACAAAGCUGCAUAUUCAGCUCUCAGUGUUCUCGCAGCCAAGAUGAAUCCCAGUUGUAUUUUUUCUAUGAAUGUGUGAAAGACAAGGUUACUUGAAGUUGAAGUCUGUAUGCCAUGUUUGUCUUCAUGUAAUUGGGAGAAUUAAUACCAUACUGAGUUCUGUAAACCUUCUGUUAAAUCUUUUUGAUGCUAAAUUUGGCACAUAUGCUCAUUUUCUGUUGGUGAUAGACAUAAUAUUGUGUUUGCUGCCAAAAUUUAACGGUUUAUGCGUCAGGUUUGAAAUUUUUCGUGAUUUUUAAGUUUGCGUUUAUUGCUGUAUUUGCAAAAAUGACAAAAUAAAAUGCUUGCAGAAUUUCAUAGUUUACUGUACUUUAUUUGUUGAUAGGCUUAAAGCCAUAUUAAUACUUUGAGGCGCGAUGAUCGGUGUCAGCAUUUUGUAUAAUUUAAUUAUCAUGCCACAGAGGUGCAAAAAUCAAAAGUACAGAACACAGACGCAGAUAGUUGCGCAUCUGAGUAACAAGUUGGCUUAAGUUUGUCUAAAUAAGAUUUUUAAUUUACGCACUUCAGUCAGUCUAUGAGAUUAGAAAAGAUGCACGCACCAAUUUUUUAGUGUUGACAAAAAAUGUUGUCUGGAUUUCAAUAAAUUCGCUGUGAAUUAUCAUUUUCUGAAAUAUUCAUCCACUAGGUCCAUUAUGAAUGUCAUUUCUGCAUCAUUAGGGGCUCUCUACACUGUAAAAAUCUGAUUGGACAUUUAUGAAGGUUUUUAGUUCACCAUAGGCAGAGUGUCGGGUCACGGCAAGUUAGCUCUCUCUGGUAAUUAACUGUAAGUCAUGAUGAAGCCCAGUUUAAUUCAGCAAUAAACUGAGCCAAGGUGCAAAACAAUAAUAGAAUGAUCAAUAAUUCAACAAAAAAUAUACUCAGCACAUGCGGUUAACCUUAAAUUUAUUGGGUAACAAAUACAAACAAUAUAAAUUGUUGACUUAUUGUAGCCGCACCGAUCCAAACAUGGCAGAUAAACCAAGGGAAAUGACUUAAAAAAAUUCCAUAGAUAAUAAUGAGGAUUGUUCUUGACUUCUAUUUCAAUAAGUUGCUGUACUACAAGUUGCCGUAAAAUUUGGAACUACAAAAUAUUACCACUUGCUUAGUACAAAUCACUAUAAGGAAAGCCUAUUUUUAACCAACUCAGAUGCCAGAGAUGCUGUGGAAACGAAUAUGUGAAUUAACACUGUUAUAUUCUCCAGAUGCAGAGAUGAUGUUGUAGUCUAUCAUCAAAAGAACUGUAAAAGUAUUUAAUAAAACAAUUCUACCUAAUAAACUGUGUUGUGCG